AUGAGUUCUCCAACUAGUAUUGAAGAUUUUGAUCAAUUACCUGAUGCAAAUCAGUCAAUAAAAUCAUCUUCUGAAAAUAAUAAUUUACAUUUACAUCAAAAUAAUAAUAAUAGUAAUGGUAAUAUUAAUAAUCAUAUUUAUACUGAUGAUUUUAUGAUGGAUAAUGAUAAUAGCGAUUACGAAGAAUUGAGGAAAACAAUUGUUAAACGAAGAUUAUCAAGUAUUAAACGUCCACAUCAACCUUAUAUUGAUUAUAAUCAAAAUUAUAAUACAAAUUCAUUAUUAAGAUUACCAACAGAAAUAUUAUUACAGAUCUUUCAUUAUCUAGAAAGAAAAGAUUGGUAUUCAUUAUUAUCAACAUGUAAAGAAAUUGCUGAUUUGAUUAUUGAAAUGUUAUGGUUUAGACCAAAUAUGCAAAAUGAUACUUCAUUUAAAAAAAUUAAACAAGUUAUGGAAAUUACUAAAAAUAAAACUCAUUGGGAUUAUAGACAAUACAUAAAAAGAUUAAAUUUAUCAUUUAUGACAAAAUUAGUUGAUGAUGAUUUAUUAAAUUUAUUUAUUGGUUGCCCCAAAUUGGAAAGAUUAACGUUGGUAAAUUGUGCAAGAUUAACUAAAAAUCCAAUAACAAAAGUUUUAAAAGGUUGUGAAAGAUUACAAUCUAUUGAUUUAACUGGUGUUACUGAUAUUCAUGAUGAUAUUAUAAAUGCAUUGGCUGAAAAUUGUUCAAGAUUACAAGGUCUUUAUGCUCCUGGAUGUGGUAAUGUUAGUGAAUCUGCAAUUCAAAAUUUAUUAAAAUCUUGUCCAAUGUUAAAAAGAGUAAAAUUUAAUUCAAGUGAUAAUAUAACUGAUGAAAGUAUAUUAACAAUGUAUGAAAAUUGUAAAUCAUUAGUUGAAAUUGAUUUACAUGGUUGUGAAGAAAUUACUGAUAAAUAUUUAAAAAACAUUUUUUUAGAUUUAACUCAAUUAAGAGAAUUUAGAAUAAGUAAUGCACCUGGUAUAACUGAUAAAUUAUUUGAAUUAAUUCCCGACGGUUAUAUUUUAGAAAAAUUAAGAAUAAUUGAUAUAACUGGUUGUAACGCAAUAACUGAUAAAUUAGUUGAAAAAUUAGUUUUAUGUGCUCCAAGAUUAAGAAAUGUUGUAUUAUCAAAAUGUAUGCAAAUUACUGAUGCAUCAUUAAGAGCAUUAAGUCAAUUAGGUAGAAGUUUACAUUAUAUACAUUUAGGUCAUUGUGGUUUAAUAACAGAUUAUGGAGUUGCUGCAUUAGUUAGAUAUUGUCAUAGAAUACAAUAUAUUGAUUUAGCAUGUUGUUCACAAUUAACAGAUUGGACAUUAGUUGAAUUGGCAAAUUUACCAAAAUUAAGAAGAAUUGGUUUAGUUAAAUGUUCAAUGAUAACUGAUUCUGGUAUAUUAGAAUUAGUUAGAAGAAGAGGUGAACAAGAUUGUUUAGAAAGAGUUCAUUUAUCAUAUUGUACAAAUUUAAAUGUUGGUCCAAUUUAUUUAUUAUUAAAAAAUUGUCCAAAAUUAACUCAUUUAUCAUUAACUGGUAUAUCAGCAUUUUUGAGAAGAGAAAUUACACAAUAUUGUCGAGAUCCACCACCAGAUUUUAAUGAACAUCAAAAAAGUUUAUUUUGUGUAUUUAGUGGACAUGGAGUUAAUCAAUUAAGAAAUUAUUUAAAUCAAGUAAUGGAGGCAAGAACAUUUCAAAUUGAUCAAAAUGAAAUGCAUGCAUUAUUUGAUGCAAGAAGAAGAAGAUUUGCAAAUGGAGAAGAUAUAGAGAUGGGAAAUGAAGAGAAUAAUAAUAAUAAUAAUAAUAAUAAUAACAACAACAACAACAACAACAACAACAACAACAACAACAACAACAAUAAUCAAACCAAUACUGAAAAUAAUAAUGCUAAUUUAGCUUUGGAUAAUAUAUGGGGUAGACGAGCUGUUGGUUUAGGUUUUCCAAAUUUAAAUAAUAAUAAUGAAACUUUUGGUUUAAAUGAUAACAUGAAUCAAGAAAUGAUUAUUAAUAGAGAAAUAUUUAGAGAAUUAAAUGAAGGUAAUCUUGGGCCAGAAGAUUUAAGACAACAUUUUGCAAGAGUAAUUAGAGAACAACAACAAAGAAGAACAUUAGAAGGUCAAAAUAGAGCAAGACAACAACAACAACAACUAGAUCAAACAAGAAAUCAAAGAAUUAGAGAAAAUAUUACUAUAGUAGAUCCACAAAAUGCACCACAAAUUGAACAACCACCAGUAUUCCCAAAUGGUGAUCAACGACAACAACCAAUACAACAACACCAAAACUUGCCAAUAAUUAAUGAUGAUGAAGAUAUAGAAAUGGAAGCAGCUGAUCUAUUUCCAAGAAAUAAUUAG